AUGAACUUUUCAACCGCCGACAUUAACUCCUUCUGGGACAUCUCCCCACAGCAGCCCGACUCCUUCUCUGCCCUCCCUGACGACGACUUCCUCGCCUUCCUCCAGAAACAGUUCCCUGGAGCCGUCGGCGCGAACCAGCCCCCGCUCUCAUUCGAGUCGCCCGCCGUCGCGCCCGGCGAUGGCAUAAACCCGCAAAGCAUCAACUCUUUCGCGCCCCCCAAUCAUUCCCCAUCCUCGUCGGACUCCAGCCCCAGCCCGCCGAGCACGCAUCACGAUUCGACCGUCUCCCGUCGUCAAUCGGGGGCGUUCAACGACCGCACGCCUGAGAGCGACAGUCCGACGCAGUCCCCGUCGAGUCUCGACGACGUCUCGCACAAGCGCAAGGCGGACCACGACGACGACGGACCCGCGAGCAAGUCGGCGCAUACUUCAUGUACCGGCGUGCUCAUGCGCGUGGAUGCUUUAAUAGCAUCGGGAGACCGUAGCAAAAAGACGGUCAGCUCGGCAAGUGCGCGUCGCAAGCCUGGGGCCCCACAGGAUGAGUCUCGACUUCUUAAGCGUAAAGAGCAGAACCGUGCUGCUCAACGUGCCUUCCGCGAGCGGAAGGAGAAGCACGUUAGAGACCUCGAGGACAAGGUCGCCGCUCUCGAAGCAAAGAACCAACUGUCCGAACAGGAGAACGAGAACCUUCGUGAUCUUCUCACAAGGUUACAAAGCGAGAACAUGAUGCUGAAGCAGGCCGCGUUCACGUUCACCGCCUCGCGCGCCAGUAAUGGCCGGCCGAGCGAGAUGACGAACAAUGCCCAGAACUCAUUCAACCAGCCGAUGCAGUUUAACUUCUCGUCACCUGGUGCCGGCCCCAGCAAGUCGCCCAUCCCGACGCAGUCGCCACCGUCGCAUUAUGACCUCAACUUUAGUUCGCUUAUCUCAUUCGACCCGAACGCCUUCGCGGCCGAUGAGCUCAACGACAGCAUGGACAUGGACCCUCCUCCGUUCUCGUCCCAAAACCCAAACCAGUACAAGACGAUCGCGUCGAACCCGAUGUUUAUGUCGUUCGCCGAGCCCUCUCCCGCCGACGCCCCGCAGAUGAUGCUCGGUGGUCAGCCAAAUCAACCUCAUUUCCAACCGAUGUCCUUCGAGUCGUUCAGCGACGCUUGGUCGCCCCCUGCGGAUGGCAACAACCAGGACGCGCUCGACCAGUUAUUUGGUGGCAGCUAUCUCGCGUCGCACGGCGGCGUCGACUUCCAGGCGCUGCUCGCGAGCACGCCCAGUGCGCUCUCGCCCAUUUCGCAUCGCACACCAAGCUUAACGUCCUCAGGAAGCUCGCCCGCGACGGGCAGUGGGUCCGCCGCAAGCCCACACACGCUCGCGAACAGCCCGGCGGGCCACGGGGAGCACAAAGACUGCCCAAAGACGAAGGAGCAGCUCGCGAAGGCCGUCGCGGAGGCCGGGCAGUCGAGCUUCGUGCAGUCGAGCCCGGCGGUGUCCCCUGCGGGGGGCGCGGACGAGUCGCCUAGUUGCGAGAUGCCGUUCGCGCCGUUCCUCCGGAAGGCGUCGGGCGCGGAGGGCGGUGGAACGCCGUUCGUGAUGUGCCGCGGGUCGUCGUUCCCGAGGACGGCGCAGAGCGACAAGAACGUGGAGGUGCUCACGGCGUGGCGGACGAUCACCUCCAACCCGCAGUUUAAGGAUGUGGACAUUAACGAGCUGUGUACCGAGUUCACCAACAAGGCGCGCUGCGACGGCACGAAGGUUGUCCUCGAACCCGAAGGCGUGCACCACAUCAUCGAGACCCUGGCGGCGCGCCAGGCGGCGAAUCAAACCAAGGCGUAG